UUUUGGUCUAUUUAGUUAAUAAAUUCUAAAAAUGAAGGUAAAAUUAUGUAAGUGUUAAAGAUUGGAAAUCUGCUUAUUGCGAAACCGUUGCAAGGUGAUAAUUAUGAUAGCUUCGAAAAUUUUAUUACUAAAACAAUGUUGGUCACUUGCAACGCCGUUCGCUCAAAAUUCUAAGUUGAUAAAAUCGUAUACGAAUCUAUACACGUGCAACCUUCAAUCAAUCCGCUGUUUGUGCAGCCAAGGACCAAUAAAGUAUAAGCAGUUGGAACAAAGAGGGAAAAAUGGCCGGACACAACCGCAGGCCUCACGGAGGUUCGAAUUGCUUAACAACUUGUCCAUGUUUCGCCGAAAGGGGCCUUCUAAGAAAAAUAAACGGAUACCGAAACUUAUACUCCUACAAAAUCCGUUUACAUGGCUCAUGACUAAGAUCGACUUUAUUGUGUUGAGACGAGUUUGGGACUCGACGUUCCGGGAAAAGGAUUUUAAAUUUGGAACGACACAGGCUAUAUCUCGUAUAACACACCUUAUAAGUGAAGGUCAACUCGGCGAACUGAAUGGUCUUCUCACGAAGCCGGCUCGGUUGAGCUUGAUACGAGAACUUGAUCGUAACUGGGGCGAGAAACAGAGGGCGCUGCUGGCUUUAAAGCAUAAAGAUAUUCAGAUUUCAUCGCCUCGGAAAGUCUAUUUUAUUCGGAUAGCUGAUAAGAAAUUUUGUGAUGUCGACAUGGCCUUUCUAGCCCUGAAAUGGGCACCGAUAAACAACAUAGAUGCGUUGAUUUUUACUGAAAUAUUUGCCCGGUUUCACCGCGAAUACACACCCAACUGUAUACCUGAAUGGACUAUAGCAUAUUUUAAAGUUACACGUUUCGAAGUUUUACGCCGAUAA